AUGGUCCUCAAACUCUAUGGCUGGACUCGCUCUGUUGCCACUCGUCGUGCGGCUUGCAUCCUCAAAGAGAAGAACGUCCCCUUCCAGUUCAUCAACGUCGACAUCACGAAGGGCGAGCACAAGGCAGCGGAUUACCUCGCCAAACAACCCUUCGGGCAGGUCCCGUACAUCGAGGAUGACGGAUUCACCCUCUUCGAGUCUCGCGCCAUCAGCCGCUACGUUGCCGAGAAAUAUGCCGCGCAGGGAACGCCUAACCUCUUGCCGAGCAAGGACGCGAGUCUGAAAGAGAAAGCGUUGUUUGAGCAGGCAGCCUCCAUUGAGCUUUCCAGCUUCGAGCCUCAUGCACUCGAUGUGAUCCUUGAGAAGUUCUUCGCUCAGACUCCUGACGAGGAUCGCAUCGCUAAAUUGCUCACCACGAUUAACUCCAAACUCACCGUCUACGACAAACUCCUUGGGAAUCAGCAGUAUCUCGCUGGCGAACACGUCACGCUAGCAGACCUGUGGCACCUUCCUCUCGGGUUCAUGCUGGAAAACGCUGGGUAUAACGUCAUGAGUGACGAAGGGAGGCCUAACGUCGCUAGGUGGUGGAAGGACAUCUCGGCAAGGCCGGCUUGGAAGGCUGUCGAGAAUGGUGUUUAA